AUGAAGCCGUCACUUGUCUACUAUUUCGUCUAUAUUGGGCUAAAGCCAAAUGAGGUCUGCACCAUUACCAUGGCUUUGCUGAAUCCGAAUCAUUGUCGGAGAAAAGUCGCGAGAGGAACAGGGAACGUGAAAGAGGCUCGAUUACGCAGAUUCAAAGAAUUCGAUGAAAAUUCCGAAUACGAAUGGAAGAAAAGCAUCUCGGACAACAGAGGCGGUAACACACAACUUCGAAAAUCCACAGAGCUGAACGAAGGCAAGAGUAUACCAUUGGAGCAAGUGCAGGAUAAACGUCACCACAUCAAACACAGAUCUCGCAGGACGUUGAGGGAACAUGGAGAGGUGAAGGAGCUCGAUUACGGUAAUCAAGAGGCUCUUGUUAAGGAGCAGAAGUCUAAUCAUAAGGAUAAGAAUCAAGCGCACUCGAAACAAAGGCUACGCAGGACGCUGGAACUCGUUAAAAUGAAGGAAAUCAACGACGGCGAACAGAAACCACUCGACAAGAGACCCUCACAAACACAUCAAAGGUUACGUAGAACGCUGGAUCUUAUAAAAGCGAAGGAAAUCAACGACGGCGAACAAAAACCGCUCGACAAGAGACCCUCACAAACACAUCAGAGGUUACGUAGAACGCUGGAUCUUGUAAAAACAAAGGAGAUCAACGACGGCGAACAGAAACCACUCGACAAGAGACCCUUACAAACACAUCAAAGGCUACGCAGAACUCUGGAACUUGUGAAGACCAAAGAAGUCAAUGAUGGCGAGCAGAAGCCUCUCGAUAAAAGACCUUCGCAAACACACCAAAGGUUGCGCAGGACGUUGGAACAACUCCCUAAGGCUCGAGAACUUAACGAUGGCGAACAGAAACCCCUAGACAAGAGACCUACACAAUCUGAACAAAGGUCUCGCAGAACGGUGGAACUCGUUAAAGCGGCAGAGAUCAACGAUGGAGAAGAAAUGCCUCUUGAGAAGAAGCCUUCACAAACCCAUCAACACCGUGUCAAACGCUGGCCUCAGCCCGGCAAACAAGUUCAUCAUGGACGUGCCCAUAAGAAGCUAAGAGUUCGCGACAAGAAGAAGAGUGCCACUGUCGUGAAGCACCACAGAGCGAUGAGGGUCCGUAGGGCAGAGAUGGCUGAAGAGCAGAAACAGGAAGAAGAGAAGAAGCAUCAGAAGAUGGACUCGAGCUCUUCGCAAAGCGAAGAGUCACAUGAGAAAAAGGAGAGACCGGUCAGAUCAUUGGUCACUCGUGAAUUAAUCCCUAAAGGUUACCCGCCAAAUGAGCCGCAAUCCGAGGAAACGAUCGAACGCGACAAAACACUCAAAAGCCUUUAUCCUUUUGAUUUGUUCUGA